AUUGUUUAACAACUUCAUUGAAGUCAUGUUUGUUUUGACUACAUUAACCUGCUGUUUUCCACCUGCUGAGUAACACAUUGUGCCAUUCUCAAAGGUCUCCAGCCACAAGACCUCCGGCUCAUUUGGGCGGGCUAAUAUUGCACUUAAUAACAGGGAGUACUCAUGGCUUGAGGCCUUCAUUAAAAUUAGGCCUCAGCUACCAGGGUACUGCUACAACCCAGAAACAUUUUUCUUCUCAUCAUCUGGACAGCCGCUUAAUAAGCUGUCUGAGACAGUGAUGGAGACUACUACCAGUUGUGGGAUGCCCCGCCCAUAUUCUGUUUCAGCGAUCCGCUCAACUGUGUCGACUUGUAUUCACAAAAGCUUGUCUGAGGAACAGCGCCGACUUGUGGCACGGAUCAUGUGCCACAGUACUGAAACGGCAGAUCGCUUCUAUGUGGCGGAGCCGGAAUUCCAUGAACUCCAGCGGGGUCGGGCAUUAGUUAAUGACGCACUGGGUAUUGGAAAGGGGGGGGGACAGAGGGUGAAGGGGCAGCUGCAGCCACAGGCCAGCAGCACACCGUUGACUUAUAGACGCCGGAUGGUCUUCAGCUCCUCCGAUGAAGAGAUGACAAGCAUGUCAUCCCAAACCAAACCCACACCAGGGCAGUCAUAUAGCGGAGAGUGCAGCUUUCACAUGCCUCAUCAAAUUUUGGCAGAUGACUUGACUUCUGAUGAGGAAGAUCAAACUAUUUGCCCCGUGGUUAAUAAGGAAGUGGAGGUGAACGAAAAGCAGGGUGAUAAAGAUGAUCAGGAGGAGGAGGAUGAAGAGGAUGAUAACCCUGAAUGUCCGAGUCCACUUCCAAAGCAGGUGGAGCACAUCACAGGACAGAGACUUAUCUACAGAAGAAAACUGGUGUAUCCGCAGGAGCUAAAACAAAUGGUGCGCACCAAAUACAAGGAGUAUUGGAGCACGACAAUAACAACAGACAUUAUGAAUAAAGUGCUCCUCAAUUGUCCAGACUUGCUGUCAUUCUGCAAAUCAAUGGAGAUGACCGUGUACAACCUAAGAAGCCUGAUACGACUGUUGCAAAGGGAAGAUGGUGUGUAAAACAGCUAAGGUCAGGCCAUGUUUUGUCAGAUUUUUGAUUUAAAAUUUGGACGCUUCAGUUGCUGUUUAUUUUUGAAAGAAACUUUUUUAAUUGUUCAAUGUUUUUGAACUUUGUAAAGCUGCAGAUGUCAAUUUGGAAAAGUUUGUGGCUGUUUAAAUUUUUUGAAAUAUGUUUAGUUUCAGUGGCUGUUUAAUUUUUUGAAAUAGAUUGUUUUUGAAAAGCAGCAGAUAUCAGCCUAUCUAGUUUUAAUCUUGUCUUUUAAUUUUGAAAAG